UUCAACACCACCUAGUUAUAUCUUAACAAAGUAUCUAAUGUCUGAAAGCACCAAGAGAUAUCACAGUCCUCCAACUGGUGCUACACAUGGAAAGAAACCACCAAAAAGGCAUAUGCAAGAAAAUGUAAAAAAGACCACAAGGAAAUCUUCGUUUCAAACUGGGACUGUAAUUAAAAAAAAGGGAGAAUCUGUAGUUUCUGUGUAAUUUUCCUGUUUGUGGGAUAUUCAGCCCACAUGACAUGUCCAGUAGGCUUAAUACAACAUUAAAAUAUAGAAAUAUUGUAGUCCAUUUGGUCAUAUUUUGUAUGCUAUAUGAUAACAAUUCCCAUGAAUUGUUUUAAUUGCUACAGUUGGUUGAAAAUUAUAUAUAUAUUUUUUCAAAUUGACACAGAAUGAAUGGAGUUAUGAUGACAUUUCAUCUUUGGUGGAAUAUGUGGCACUUUAUCAUGCACCAGAUGAAGCUUCUAGUACCGUGUGGCCAACACACAAGAAUGAGCAGUUUUGGAACAAAUGUGCUGAAGCAGUUAACUGUUCCAAUCAACAAACGAAUCGGACUGGUAAGUACUUGAAAAUGCUUAAUUGUUUGUAAAAAAUCAUCAUUAACCCAUUGAGCUGUAAAGCUACCCCAUUGACGAGUAAAAUAGUCUGGUGUUAGACAAGUUUAAAAAAGGUGCACUGGGGCGCACUGCGGCUUAAUGGGGUUAAUUAACAUAUACAAAUGUAAUUAGUGAGUACAUUCCUAAAAAUAUCCCUGUGGCAUUGUAAGUAAUCAAUUAUUGACAUGCUUCUGAUAAGUUUAAAUUUGUGUUUAUUUCCUCAUAGGAGGUGCAUGCCGAGAUAAAGUCAGACGAUUUUUAAAAGAAAAGUUUGAAACAACAGAAGAAGCAGAAGAUGAAUAUAACAUUUGUUAUUUUAAUGUGGGGAAGACAAGUAGCACCUCAAAUGGAUGUCCAGCUGUGAGCCUGCAAGUUCAUAGUGACCAAUUUACCCAGGUACAAUCUCCAUUACUGGGAUUCUCACCAUUGUGCGACACUGAUGUCAUUAAACUUCCUGGAUGUAUACUUGAUGUUUCAUCUGGGUUCAAGAAGUUAACUUCAAGGCAAUGUGAACAACUGCUUGUCCAUUUGUUUCAUGUGUGGAUUAAUAGUACACCAGACUGUCUUAAUUUUGGUACUAUCUUUGUUCCCUAUGACUUCUUGCCACUUGUAAUGAAAGCUAUGAGUGUUUUACAAAGUGCUGGUAAAGAUAACAUCAUAUACCAUGCUACCCGCUGUUUUGGAGAAAAACGCCCUGGAAUGGAUAUUCCAAGACUUCCAUUAGAUAGAAUGCCUUUCAGGCUUAUUGCUCACAAUUUGAAGUUUUUUGCAUCAGACGAUGUAAAGUUUCUUGAACCAUCUGGGGAUUAUAAAUCAUGGUUUCAGAGUUUGUACACUUUGUUUGGGAACAAAUGGGGCAUCCAUGCAUCUUGGAUCAUUGUGGUCAUAUGAGUUAGAGUGUGGAGAUGUAUCUCUGACAAGUAACACCUUGGCAUCAACUGACAUUCUUUCCCAAGCAUUGCAAGAAUCGUUUGGAGAUGAUUUUGAACUUUUAAAUUAAUCUACUGUCAGUUUUGCAAAUGAUUCGGAUGUUGUUGUUGCAGAAAGCAGGGAGAACACAGAAGAUGUGGAUGAAGAUGUCAGUGUCACAAAUAAUUCAGUUCAUGUUGGCAGAAUAAUCAGAGGAGAUCCAUUACAGGUACUGUACAAUGUUGUAUUAAUUAAAGAGAAGGAUACAGUAUUUUCUAUAAACCUACCAAUGAAAACAGGCAAUCUUAAAUUCAGGAAAGCAUGGUACAGUAAGAGCUUUAACAUGCUUUUAACAUUUUUGUUUUUUAUUAAGAAGAUAUAAGUAAAAGAGAACACUAUACUUAUGUAAAUAUGUUUUAACAUGUUACUGUGGAGCGAUUUGAAGAUUGGGAAGGGUACUGAACCAAAAUUCAUAAAUUUUGACAAAUUGGGACCAGAAAUAAACUUGACCAGCCAAUAGGUUUGGUUAAGACAUUAUGACAAUGUCAUGUUUGAAAUGUAAGAGGAAAUAUAUUUCAAGAUGCGAUCAUGAUAGUUCAGCCAGCUUGUACAUUUUAGUGGACUUUACAUUUUAAUUUAUUCACUUUUUAGGAAAAAGUGAAUAUUGCUGGACCUUCUUCACAAACUAUUAGGGGAAUGAACCUUGGUGGUGAUUUCAACAAAAGUGCAAAGAUUCAGGUUGAUACUAGUAUUUGUAUUCAUUGACUGAUGGUCAACAUGAGUACUUGGCCAAUUAAUAUAGUGCUAGCCUAGUAAACAAGGAAAUGAUUAACGCUGUAAUUAUUUGCAAUGCAAAAAUCCUUUAUAUCCAUGUAAAAAAAUGAGUGUGGAAGUGUAUAUAAACAUAACAAAGUCAAAAUUAUAAAUUAAAUACAAUUUAUCACACUUGUUUCCACUGUCAGUCAACAUUACUUGUACAUAUUUAUUCAUUUUAUAUUAUCAUUUUAUAUAUAUAUAUCCAAAUGGAAGGUGGUGGAUCAAAGCUGACGGGAUGGACCUUCAAGAAGGUUUGAGAGAGUCUGUGAAGAACAUAUGGUCAGAUGUGGGUGAUGGUGAUCUGGAGAAACGACAUGCAGAAUACAUAAAUUAUCUGAAAUUUGUAUGUUGUGUUGGAUUAAACAGUCGAGCUCCACUAAAUUGCAUUGAGGAAGAUCUAAAGUUGCAGCUGGCAAAGUUGAAUAAUGAAAGGAAUUCCUGACAUCAGCACAUAUAGAAGCCAAGAAAGUAUAUGAUAAGCUGCGACAAACACCUAGUACCUCUGAGAAUUAAAUGUUUGCUUCUGCAUGGAAUUUGGAUGAGUAUAGUGCUUUACUAAAUAAGUAUCAAUCCUUGAUGCAAUCAGCAACCUCAAUUAUCCAUAUUAUUGAGAGUGGGUGCACCCAUGCUAUGAACAUCCGCAGUGCUGUUUGUUCCCUUCAAAAUAAUUUGGUGGAAUAUGUGAAAGGUACAGUAAUUAAAUACUAAUAGCUAUAUAAUUGUAAAUGUCCAUGUAAUAAAGUUGAUAUGUUCUGUUAUUGAACAGUACUGUUCGCUGCUAUGAUACAGUCAUGUACAGUACAGUGUGAACAAUAAUACACACUAAAACUCCAGUGCUCAUAAUUUAAGUAUGUGGUAUAAAGCCAGGCAUUGUUGAUACUCAAAGGGGGAAUCACAGUUUAUGUUACUUGGUCUUUCCUUGGGUGUGUCAAGCAAGAAGAGGGAGGCUGCUUCACACAUUCUAAUAUUUAUGCUCAGUGAAGAGAAACACAAUUUCAAGCCUUAUGCCAUUCCUGUUUGGGUUGUUAAUUACCAUAGUCUGAUUGAUAAGAAAAUGAGAGAACUGAAUGAAGAAAUGAAAUCGGCCAUGGAAGAUAUUGGUAUGGUCUCAGAAGGUAAAAAUAUCCACUCAAUCCAUUAGUUGACUAAGUAUAGGUUAAACACUGAGAACGCUGACGUUCGAGGUGUUUAACCAACUUAUAGCAUGAUUGGUAUGGUUUUGUUCCACAAACAGCUCUUGUGCUUGUGUGACGUACCUUUAUGUGAUUGUGUAACAAUACAUGAAGGUCCAGCUAAACAUUUUAUAUACUGUUCAUGACAGAUGAGUAUGGAUCUAUAAAUCUCACAUAGUAUGUUGAUAUAAUUGCUUCCUGCUACGGUAACAUUUACUUUUAUUUUAUUAUUUCCCCCCAGGAUUUGUCAGUAGUGAUGGAGAGAUUAACUCGUUACGAACACAAGGAUCCAAAAGACCAGUAUUUGUUAUUCAGAUUAUGAUGGAUGCCAAAAAUGAAGCAAGGCGACUGUCGGCAAAGCAGAUUGAGAAAUUCUUCCUACCUAUUGAAAAGGGUAUAUAUAUAGUUACAUGUUUAUAUUUUGUUUGUUAUAGUUUAUUUUAUUAUUUUUCCCCAGGAUUUGUCAGCGAUGGAGAGUUUCACUCAUUAUGAGCACAGGAAUCCAAAAGACCUGCAGUGUAUGUUGUUCUGAUUAUAAUGGAUGCUAAAAAUGAUGCAAGGGGACUGUCGAAAAAGGAGCAAACCAGAUUGAGAAAUUCUUCUUUCUUAUUUAAAAGGGUAGAUAUACAGCUACAUGUAGUGUCAUAAAUUUAUGUAAUAAAUUAAAUCAUUCUUCAUUGAUCUAGGCAAAUUUACUGAGUGUUCCAAAAAAUGUUAACCCCAAAAGCUCCAGUAUUAGCCCCCACCUGGAGAGUCAAUGUAAAGCAGUAUCAAUAGGUAGCAUUAAACAUAUUUACAUUUAAAUAUAUUUACACUCUGUCGUUUCUUUUUACUGUAGACUGUACUAUCUUACCAAGUAAUAACCACAAGGCAAUUCCAUUGGAAGAUGUCCAGUUCUUGGCAGAGCUUAUGAAUGGAGAAUCAAAAAUGUCAUUUGGAAAUGAAUCUUCAUCCUUCGCAGAAAAGAGCAUCUUUACAUACCAGAAGUGAGUGAGAAAACUGGGGAGCCACAACACCAUCGAGAAGACCAUAACCAUGUGCUGAAAAGGAUUACAGGAAGUCUCCGUAAGGGACACAUUCCCAACAUUAAUCUUCAGGCCUUUGUCAAAGCUAUGCACGAUCCUAACACCGGUCUGACAUAUACGCCAUUGACAGGAAAGAGGAAACAGAGUGUUGGUGAUGCGGAGAAACUUCUGUCACCUGCAGUGGCCAGGUGGCUAAAGUUGAAUGGCUAUGAUGAAGAAACAAGAUUUGUGGAAAGCGUCUCCAACUGGCAAAGGCAAGUGAUGGUCGUGGCUUUAGUGAAGAGACACGCUCAGAGUACAACUUACCAAUGUUGGACUAUUUAUUGGAAGAUUGGAUGCCAUGGGUCAGAGAAAAUAGAGACUUCUCUACCUUAG